GCCUAGUAUGUACAACGUCUUUAAUCAAUACAAGGACCGCUUGAGAGAGAGAGAGAGAGAGAGAGAGAGAGAGAGAGAGAGAGAGAGAGAGAGAGAGAGAGAGAGAGAGAGAGAGAGAGAGAAAGAGAGCGAGAGAGAGAGACAGACAGAGAGGAGAGAGAGAGAGACAGAGAGAGAGAGAGAGAGAGAGAGAGAGAGAGAGAGAGAGAGAGAGAGAGAGAGAGAGAGAGAGAGAGAGAGAGAGAGAGAGAAAAGGGGGGAAAGUGGGGGGGAAGAAGAAUGGGAGGAAGAAGGAAAGAGCAUAGGAGAGAGUGAGAGAGAGAGAGAGAGAGAGAGAGAGAGAGAGAGAGAGAGAGAGAGAGAGAGAGAGAGGGAGAGAGAGAGAGAGAGGGGGGGAAGGCAAAGAGUGAAACAGGAAGGGUAGAGUGAAGAUGGGUGAGGCUUGAAGA